UUAGAGCAUGAGUGAAAGCCUUCAAAACAGUAACCAUGACAAGGAAGAAGGUCAAACUUAUGUGGAUUGUAAAUGAUAGUGCUAGGAAAGCCAGUUUCAAAAAAAGGAGGGUGGGAUUAUUGAAAAAAGUGAGUGAGCUGACCACCUUGUGUGGUGUGAAUGCUUUUGUCGUCAUCUAUGGCCCUGACAAUGAGGAGCCAGCAGCUUGGCCCUCCCGCCAGGUGGUGCAACAACUGCUGACAAGGUUCCAGAGCGUGCCAGAAAUGGAGAGGCACAAGAAAAUGAUGAACCAAGAGACUUAUCUCCGUGAGAGGGCAACCAAAACGCAAGAACAGCUGCGGAAACAACAGAGGAAGAACAAAGAAAUGGAGAUGGGGCAUCUCAUGCACCAAGUAGAUCAAGGUAAGGGAUUGGCAGAACUUGAACUGUGUGAAAUGACAGGUUUGGCGUGGAUGCUGGAGGAGAAGAUCAAGGAGAACAGGAAAAGGAUGGAUUAUUUCCAGCAGGUUUCAGGUUCUAUGCCUCCUCCACCUCCUGAUUCGGAUGACAUAGGCCGAGCAGGAGGCAGUACUGGUGCUGAUCAGGGUAGGGCUCCCACAGAGUCUUACAUGUGGGAACCAUGGUUUGUUGAAAUGAUAAGCCAACAUGAAAAAAAAGCUGCUGCCAGUAACAGCAGUGUUAGGAGUGACAUGGGGCUACCACCAAAUUCAUAUAUUGGUGGUCCUAGCGGUGCUAGUGACAUGGGGCCGAUACCUUAUGGGAACUAUGGAGGAACUGGAGGUGGGAUUGAGAUGGGGUUGCCUUAUGGGAAUUUUAUAGGUGCUAGUAGUACUGGAGGAAGUGAGAUGGGAGUCCUGCCUUAUGGGAAUUAUGGAGUUAACAGUGGUGUGAAUGUGAAUGAUCACAUGGAGCUCCCUCAUGGGAAUUAUGGAGCUACUGGUGGAGCAGGAAAUAAUAUGGGGAUGGGGUUUCCUUAUCAUGGGAAUAUGAGAGGUGGUGCUGCUGGAGGUGACAUGGGGGUUGGCAUGAUGCCUCAUGGAGGUAACAUUGGAUCUGGAGGAGGUGGAAGUGACAUGGGGCUGCCUGGGUACUAUGGAGGAGGCAGUACUGGACCUGGAAGUGAUGCAGGGCUGCCUUAUGAUGUCACCAAAUCAUGGCAACAAAGAAGCAUUACUGGGCCUGGAAGUGAUGCAGGGCUGCCUUAUGAUGUCACCAAACCAUGGCAAGCUCACUUUUUCAAUCCUUAGAUUUUGGAUCCUAGAUCUAAAAGCAGAAACUAUUUGGAGGUAGCAGUGUUGGAAGUGAUGCAGGAUUGCCUUAUGAUCCAGACAAUGGCCUUACUUUAUCAUCCGAAGAAUGACCUUACUUUUUCUCUCCUUAUAUUGGAGCAGUUUCUUUUCUAGUUUUGUUGUUUGAUCUAAUAGGCAUGUUGUUAGGUUCCUUUUAUGGCUUUUAUGUCUGAUUCAUGUUUGGCCAUAAAUUUCUCUAUACAGUGAUGUUCUAUACAGUAAUGUUAUGUUUUUCUCUUCUAAUUUCAA